UGCCGCCUUAAACCAGCAUCUUAUUCCCGCAGAUAGCAGCUGGCCGCAUUAAACCAGCAUCUUAUUCCCGCAGAUACAAACUGGCCUCCUUCUGGGUCACAAUCAGCACUUUUGUCUUAUUGAGGUUGUUGCUAGCCGCUAAUGCUAACGCUAACUGGGUUCCCGCCCGCGCUUAUCCCGCCAAUGAAUGAGGAGCUAACACACUCGCAACAUUUAGGAGCUAACACACUCGCAACAUUUAGGAGCUAACACACUAGCAACAUUUAGGAGCUAACACACUCGCAACAUUUAGGAGCUAACACACUAGCAACAUUUAGGAGCUAACACACUAGCAACAUUGCUCAUUUAGCCUUGGAGUAAAGAAGUCAAUGGUCGUACAGCUGGUGUGCCUCACAGCCAGCAGCGGGGUUCCCCUUUUUACCAGGGGGGCCUCCAGGCAGCUCCCCUUCUCCAUCAUUGGCUCCCUGAAUGGGGUGCACAUGUUUGGGAGUGGCCACGGCGUGCUGCUGUCCAGCUGUGAGACUGAAGGAGGUGGAAAAGUGGUGUGGCGAGUCUUCCAGGACAGCGUGAUGCUCAUCGCCACCAGCGCAGGCCACCAAGCGGGCAGCAGUAAAGGGGAGCCGGUGCAUCUCCAGCGCCUCCUGGAGAACGUGUGGAGCUGCAUGGUGAUGGUGCUGGGCCAGGACGAGUUGGCCCAAGUGAGGAACGUGGAGCGACUCAAGAAGGACCUGCGCGCCUGCUUCGGCCUCAUCGAUGAGCUGCUGGAGGACCGGCGGGACGGCGUCAUGGGCCUGCUGACGCACUGCAGCGACUGCCUGCUGCCGCCGCAGCCGCCGCUCCUUCAGGAGGCCGUGCAGGGCUUCGCCGCGGCCGCGGACAGCGAGUUCGGCUGCCUCCUUGUUCACGGGCGGGUCGCGGCCGCCACGGAAAUGUGGUGGCGCCUGGCCCCGCAGGAGAUAGUGCUUCUCUCCGCGUUGAUGCGAUCUCUCUCGGACUCUGCGUCCACCUCCUGUGACUACCCCGUGUUUCUCCCUCAAGGCAGCCCCACCGUGGCACACCGCCUGCUCCGCUUCCAGCUGCUGCCCGGUGCUGACGUGUGCGUGCUGUGCGGGCCCACGCCCUCCCUACACCACGCUGAGAGCGGCCUGGUGGGUCGCUUUUGGUCGCCCCUGGUGGACAUCUUGAGAAAUUGCCUUGCCGUCGGGGAGCGCUGCCUCCCGCCGUCCGUAUCUUUACGGCCGGAUGUCUUAGCCUUUCUCCUCAUCAACCGCGAGAACCACCGCUCGGUCUCCAGCGUGCUGCACCCGUUGUGUCCUCACCUGCAAGAUGAUCCCGCUUUACCCUCCAAAACACGCUGCUGGGAACUCCUGAAGCUCUUCUACAUCCUUUGCAUGACGCGCUACUUCGAGCAGGGGGAAGCAAGUCCCCCAAAAGAGGAGAAGGAGGAGGGAGCCCACACAGAGGACUUAGUACAUGGACUCUCCCACCAGCCACUGCAGUGCUAUUUGGUCACAGACGAGUGUAAAAGCUUUGGACUUCAGACGCCACAACAUCAGCUUUUCCUGCUCUUCCCUCUGGCGGUGCCCACCUUUGCCCUGCACACUGUCGCCGCACACACACUCGCUUCCAUAACCACAUCUACUUUCUUCUAAUGAUGGCUUUUACCAAGACCAAGGCCAAAAAGUGCCUUAUUUUUUACACUUCUCACUUCUCUUUUGUUAUAGAGAAUCCAGGUGUGGGCGAUAUAUCAAUGAGUUCAAGUUUUUUGUUGCAGACGAUUUAAAAAAUGAAAAAUCAAUGUUUUUCCCCUCUUCCUCCGGUAUACUUUUUGCCCCCAUGAGCUUCCGUAGUCCUCGCCCGCUCUCUUAUUUACUUGGCUAAAGGGCAGCGUUCUUAGGUGGCAUCAUUGACACAAGGUACCAUGUAUGAUGCUACUAGAAAACAAAAGAAUCACUAAAGAAGUUGUUCUGCACAUCCAAACCAGACAGCUCGUACGUGCGUGUGCUGCUGCAAAGCUCUCACGGAAUGAUUCCACAUUCAAUCAUCAAUAUAGUGAUAUCUAUUACAUGUGCAAUACAUUGUCUUAAACAUCAGUACACACUAACAAGGAGCCCACUUACUAAAACUAUAGUCAUCCUAAUGUUUUCCUGGAUCUUUUAUUUGCAUAUGAUGUACAAUACUACAUUUUUAUUUACAUAAUUAUUUUAUUCAAGACAAAAGUUUUACAUUUGCACUGUACUGAUCUGAUUUCUGUUACUGUUUAUUGGAGUUUAUUUGCAUCCAAUGUGCAACAUAUUUUUGUGAACAGAAGUAUUUUAAUCAACACAGAUGCUUGAAGUUGUCACUAUUAAUCUUAAAUGUUGGAAAUGAUUCAUUUGCAUGCAAUGUACAAUUGUACAUUUUUGUUUACAGAAGUGUUUUUAUUCAAGACAGAAGUGUUGCCUCCCAGAGAAAGCUCCUGUUUAGUUAUUUGAAAAUAUUUGCAUGAAAAGUACAAUUUAUAUGUGGUAUAGAAAAAGCAACAUUAUACAAAUUUGAAUUUUGUUAAGAGUAAGUUACAGUGUAUUCAUUGCCCUUUCAAUUCACUAGUUUUUGAUCAAAUAAAAGAAAAACUUUUUUUUGAAUUGUCUCUAUCAUUUGUAUUUGAAUGUUUUCUAACAAUUAUGAGAUUUUAUUUUUCGGCCAUAUCGC